AUGCUUAAAAGUGUUAUACCAGACUCUUCUGAACUGGUUUUCAUUAGUACAAGAAAUCAGAGCUUGAUCUUCGCCAUAGGAAACGUGUUUCCACAGGCUCACUAUGGUCAUUGUUUAUGGCAUUUGAAGGAAAAGGUGAAAUUGCAUGCUUGUAACGUCAACAAGAAUAUAGUCGGGCAAAAACUUAUGGAGUUGGGCAGAUAUUACACGGUUGAUGACUUCAAUUCUGCUUACGACUCAUUUAAGAUAAGAUGUCCUGCUGCGUACAAGUAUGUGGAGGAAUGUGGUAUUGAAAAGGACAAAUGGGCAAGGGUUUUUUUCCCACGUGAUAGGUACAACUUGGAUACAAGCAACACUCUGGGAUCAAUGAAGAACGUGUUUAAAGAGGCAACGAGGUGGGCCUUAAUACCAAUGCUGGAUUGUAUCAUUAGGAAAUUCUCUGAUUGGUUCACUCAACGGAAGGAUAUUGUUUCUAGAUCAAUGAAUACAAGACUGGUGCCUCGGGUUGAGAACUACUUGCACGAUCUAUGGGCUGUUGCACAUAAGCUACCUGUGCGGGAACUUGAUAGUUACGAGCUUAAGUACGAGAUCACUGACGCUGCAGGAAAGGUGUUUUGGGCGACCUUGGUUGGAAAAACUUGUACUUGCAAGGUGUGGGACUAUGAAAAGUUCCCUUGUCUGCAUGGACUGGCAGCUUAUAUUUAUUUCGCUAGGAAUGUUGAUGGCAGGCGCCUUGAUAUCCAUGAGUUGUGCUCAAAAUACUACUGGACGGAAAUGUGGCAUUUGGCGUAUUCCAGAACACUUAAUGUUGUGCCCGACAUGGCUUCUUGGAAUGUACCAGAUCAGAUCAAGGAGGUGAAGAUCAUACCUCCAGAUCGCAUCAAGCGGCAAGGAAGGAAAAGACUUGGAAAUGAAUGCAAGUACUUCUCUUGGUUCGAUGAAGAGGAUGGUACAGAAUGGCAAAGGAGAGCAUUGCUUCAAACCCGUGAUGAAAUCCGAGAGAAGAAUAAAGUGAUUGAGCAAUUACAGAAGACCAUUUCUGAAAUGAAAAGUCAUUUGGAGAAGAAGAAGACAGGGAAGGGCGGGAAUGACGAAAAUGAAGAAGAUGACAUUGUUAGGAAGUUUGAAGAAUUGUAUGCUUAG